AUGUCUCUGGUGAUUCAAUUUCUGUCCCAGAUCCGGAAUUUCAUACGCAAACAAGAUGGGGACUCUUUGCAAUCCUGGUUGCAAGUCGGCCCCAAUUCACCCAGGCAGUACCAUGAGUUGCGCGCAGAGCUUCGCAACCAAUAUCGCCAGUCCGGCCUAGACAACAUCAUUCAGAAAUGUCUGCCUGACGAUGAGGACGAUGAAGUAGAGGGCGAGGCCACGCCAUGGCCCAGUCUUGUCACUUUCAUCAAGGAAUACUUUACCUUCUGGAGGGACGCCGACUACGAUGCUGAUCUAGUCCGCACACAUCAACUGUUGAGUACUCUGGUGAGCUCCUGCGCCACAGCGUUGACGCAUCCAGCAUACGGAGCCAUGCUACUCAAAACAAGCAUGUCGUUGUCAGACGUCCUUGCUCGACUGACAAUGACGCUCAACAGACGUCCCGAACUCACUCGCCAGCUGCGUACUAGCAAUGACGAUGAGAGCCGUAAAUCUAUUGCUGAGUCUUCGGCCGAGAUCAUCCAGAAGAUCUUCACCGCAUGCUUGAAUGACCGGUCUAGUGAUCGAUCAAGCCCUCCCAAGGGCAAAAGGGUGGCCAUCUACAUAUUUGCCAACCUUGUCCUCAAGCUUCUAUUCGCUUGUCGGCGAAUACACCUGGCCAAAAUGAUCUUCUUCAACCUGGGUGCCAACUCUCCCCCACUAUCCCUCUACCCAGCCGCCCAACGCGUUACAUUUCUCUACUAUCUCGGCCGCUUCAGUUUCUCAAGCGGAAACCACUACCUCCGAGCAGCAAACUGCCUCGAGGCCGCCUACCUCCAAACCCCGCCUCGCUUCACCUCCCACCGCACCAACAUCCUGACCUACCUCAUCGCCGCCAACAUCCUCCUGGGCCGCUUCCCCUCCGCCAGCCUCCUCCAGCGCCCGGAGUCCAGGACCCUCGCCCCCAUCUUCUUCCCCCUGUGCGCGGCCCUCCGCGGCGGCGACUUCAUCAGGUUCCAGGCCCACCUCGCCGAGCACGAGGACUGGCUCCUCGAGAAGGGCCUCCUCGUGCCCCUCACCCACAAGCUCCGCCCCCUCCUCUGGCGCUCCCUCGCCCGCAAGACCUUCCUCCUCACCUACGUGCCCCCCACCGACUCCAGCUCCCGCAAGGCCGCCACCCUCGACGUCGCCGACCUGCACGCCGCCGCCGUCUACGUCCAGCGCCGCCUCGAGGGCUGGGUCCCCAGGCCCGCCGACCACGCACACCAGCCCAGCGUGAACCCGCUCCUUAUGAAGGCGCUGGCGAACAACAUGCAGGAGACGGACACAAGCCUCGUGCCCCCGCCCGCUGGGAAGCUCAACAGGCUGCGUCCCAACGAGGGCUUGGUAUGGGGCAACGCCGAGGUGACGCUCGACCACGUCGAGCUGCAGCUGGCCACCCUCGUCGAGGAGGGCCUGAUGCACGGGUUCAUCGCCCACGGGCAGGGCAGGUUCGCCAUCAUAGGCGCCAAGGCCAAGGGGCCCGUCGCCGCGGGCUGGCCGAGUGUGUGGCAGUCCAUACAGGAGAGGAGGUACGAGGAAGAUUACAACCCAGAUGAUGUGCCUGGGUGGGUUCGGGCGUGA